AUGAGGAAGCAUUGCAUUUAUGGGAUUUCGCUGAUGCUGCUGUUGCUCAACCUAAACGGGAUUAGGAGUGAGCAGCAGGCUGAAGAUCACAGAAUCCAACGACGCUUCAUGUGGCAAGAGAUGAACAACUCCGUAAUGGGUGGGGUGUUGGGAAGAAUGUUCAAUGGAGCCCGGGCCAUGAAGACCAUGAUAACCGAUCUGCUGCCGAAUGCGGCGGGACACAACCAAAAGACCACUGUGGACUUCCUGCCCACUGAGAUGACCCGGGUGAAGUACAUCAUCCGGAAUCCCCAUAACAACAAGCCCAUGAAGAUCAUCAAGAUGCGGCCAUCGCCUAAGAAAGUGGUCAAGUUCAGGAGACCCCUACCCAAGCCCACAGUGACGGAGAUGACCACAGUCAUCAAGUACGACAACAGGAUGAGGCAGCUUGAGAAGGAGCAGGAGCUAAUCGCCGAAGGCAAGGCGCCCAUGACCAGCGACGAGGCCAUUAUGGAGAAGUACUUCAAGUCGAAGAGACCACGCGGCGGCUCCUCCAACGAGGUCAUCUCCGGCAAGAUCAUGGAGUACCAGAGCUGGAAGCCCGUCUACAAGCCCGGCGAGUAUCCCAGCUCCUUUGUGACCCUGAAGCCCCAGCCCCUGACUCGCCUGCACACGAACAUUGCCAGCGGGGAUCAUGAGAUGCUGCCGAAGCCCGAGAAGCUGGUCAGCUACGAGUACGAGCAGGAUAUGGAGGAGGAGGCGGAGGCCGAGAACGAGGUGGCCAAGCAGAUGGGUCACCGCUACGAGGUCACAGAACACACCGGCGAGGGCAGUGAGGAACUGGAGUCGGUGGCCUCCAUGGAGAGUGGUUUUGUGCCCAGCCAGGGCAUGAGUUUCAAGCAGACUCAGACGCCGAGGCCCAGGACUCGCACCACCACGAGCAGCCCCACAACCACAACCAGCACCACAGAGGCGCCCAACUACCCCGCCUCGUUCCUCAAGAAGUACCGCGAAAGGGAGGCCGUUGCCACCACCACCCGGCGGCCGCGGAAACAUCACCAUCAUCACCACAACAAGGAGGUGUAUGUGAUCCGCGAGGGCGAGGAUCACUCCGAGUCCAAUACCACGCCGCCCAGCUUCGCCAUGAGCAGUCUGCGCGCCCGUCUCCAGGAGCAGCAGCGCCAGCAGAAGCACCAGCACAAGCAGCAGCUGGAGGAGGAGGAGCUGGAGGCCGCCCUGGUGGAGGCGAUGCACGGCGACAAGUGGCCCUCGGAGGUGGCCCACAGCAGCUUCCAGCUGGCCAGUCCCAUCGGCCCCAGUGCCGUGGCCUUUGAGCAGCCGUUGGCCCCCAAGGCGCCCAAGAGCCAGUAUAAGCGGCAGACCCGGGAAAAUAUCCGGCAGCGAGGAUCCAUCAAGUUCGGGGACAAGCCCAACUACGACGAGGCCUGA